AUGUCCGAGCCAUCGGCGAGCGAAGAAGUGCUCUCGGAAGUGAAAAAAGAGGUAAGAAAACCGUAACUAAUAUCAAUCAAUAAACCAGCACAGAUAUUUCAGGAUCCAUCAGCAGCUACAAAGAAGAUUUCGCAAGUGUCGCCGAACACGGCGCUUCAAUGCGAGAUGUGUCAAAACUAUGAAGUGAAUUUGACUGCGAUGCAGGUGAGAAACGACCGUGGGAACUCAUGAAUAGUCGUUUGUUUGCAGGAAAACGAACGGAAAUUGAAAGACGAAGUGAAAGCGGCGAUGGAAUUGACGGAACGAUACGAGGUUGAUCUAAGCAACGAGCGAGACUACCGGAAAGAUUUGGAAAAGCGAAUGAAUGAGGUAAGCUAAUUUUAAUGAAAUUAUAAUACCAAAAAGAGGCUUUGCCGUUCAGGUUGCCACGAACUGUCUGAAUCAGGUGAACGAAGCGGCGAAAGCGAACGCAAAAUCGGAGCAGCGGCUGGAUGAGCUCAGGGCCAAGGUUUGUGGACUCAAUGCAACAUUUUAUGAGCGAACCUCAAAAAUAUUGUUUUUCAGCAUGAUAAGUCGAUAGAAGUGUUCACUGAACAGCUCAAUCUUGCUCGUGGCAAACUCCAACAGGCCGACGACGAUUUUAUCACUCUUGGCAAGAAAUAUAAGGUUUUAACACAAUUGAAUUCACCGAAUUCACGCUUUGUCCUCUUAUCAGAAGCUCCUCGGAUCCACUAGAAAAUCAGCUCAAGAGCUCCGGUCAGAAGUGAUCGAUCUCCCCGCGGAUGUCGAUCAAUUACAGUUUAUUUGCUUGAAAAAUAGAGAAGAAUUGAUUGAAACACGGGCGGCGAAAGAGCACCAAGAGCAACAGCUACGGGAUGAGGUCGCCGUGCUCCGAGCUCAAAUUCAAGAAGAACGAGCUCAUCGCGAAGAGCAAGAAGUCGCUUUCACCGCUGAGAUCAGUCGAUUGCAAGCGGAGUUGGGGUCGGUUAAUAAGAAGGUGAGUGGAGAGCGAAAAGACGAAAUAGACAAGUACGAGGGUUUCAGAUGGUUGUCGCGACGGAAACACUUGCCGAUCAGGACUCGAAUAUUCGACAGAUCAGAGACCUCCAAACAACUGUCGCCGAACUGGAAGCGCAGGUUCAGCAGGUUCAGAACGAGAGAGCGGCAGUCGAGCAAACCGCCCAGAACUACAAGCAACGGUGCACGAGUCUGCAGCAGGAGUUGGACACUUCCGAAGUCGUCCAAAGAGACUUCGUGAAGCUGUCGCAGAGUCUGCAGAUCCAAUUGGAGAAGAUCAGACAAUCGGAACAGGAAGUGCGGUGGCAAUGGGACGAAGACGUGGACAAGUGCUCCAGUUGCGAAUCCUCGUUGAUCCGAUUGAAAGCCAAACCCCAGUAAGCACGGGAUAUUGUGAAACAACCCGUACAGGAUUGAUUUUCAGUUGUUUGCACUGCGGAAAGAUAUUUUGCACAAGUUGCCUCAAAGACACCGUGCCAAGCGGACCGUCGCGUCGGCCGGCAAAUGUGUGCAAAGUGUGUCACACACUGCUCAACAGAGACACGAAGCCGUUCUUUGCGACCCAAGACCAGUGA